AACUCACUCUCGCAGAUCUAUAUAUACAGAAAGACAUGAAUUCUUUAUCAUCAUCAGCUUACAAGCAAUCGAGAACUAGAAUCUCUCUCAUUUAUAUCCAUACAUCUUUCUUCACAAGCUUCGAGAAUCUAAUUUCCAAACAAGAAAAUGGCUUUGGUGAGAAGUCUCUUUAGCGCAAAGAAGAUUCUUGGCGGCUCUCUAGCAAGAACAAGCAGCAAGACACCACCAAAAGGGUUUCUUGCGGUGUACGUCGGUGAGAGCCAGAAGAAGCAGAGUCGACACUUUAUACCAGUCUCAUACUUGAACGAACCUUCAUUUCAAGAUCUUCUAAGUAAAGCCGAAGAAGAGUUUGGUUUUGACCAUCCGAUGGGUGGCUUGACAAUCCCUUGUCCUGAAGAUACUUUUAUCAGUAUAACGUCUCAGCUCCAAGGAUGAAGAUGAUGAUCCAACAAAUAAACAUUUAACACAUUUAUUUUUACUAGCUAGAGGAGGAGUAUUCGAUGUGAAUAGAGAUGACAUUUUUUUCUUUCUCCUCUUUUCUUUUUGAUAGAGUUUGUUCCAGAGGAAUAGAAAAUUUCGAAUUUGAAUGCCAUUUUUGUGUAACAAAAUAUCAAAUCAUUUCAAGUUGCGGAAA